GGAAAAAUUUGUCGCUUUUGAUAUAAUCGAGAGAUAUGGAGAGACCAACGUUUUUCGCUUCAAAACACGUAGAAAGGUUUUCAGUAUACAAGUUGACAAAGAAAAAAAUCUAUUCCGGACUCAAUCAAUCAACGAUGACUUUUUCAAUUUACAAUGCGCAACCGGAAAUGGAAAUUCCUUAUUCCGAUCACAAUCAAUUAUUGACGAAUAUUUGGAAUUUCCACCUGAAAAAAGAUUGAAAUUGGAAGAAAAGGAAAAUGCAGAGAAAAAUUCCAAUGAAGGUAUCGUAAAAGAAGAUAACAAAGCAAAGUCAGACGAAAGUGAAAAUAUAAUAGAAAAGGAAGAUGACAAAAAGUCAGCCGGAAAUAUAGAAGAGCAGGAUGACAAGAAAAAAUCAGAAUUUAUAGAAGAGCAAGAGGAUAAGGAAAUGCCAGACGAAUGUAAAGAAGAAACAAUAGAAGAA